UCAAUCCAAUCAUAAAAAGAGAGAAAAAAACCCACUCUUUAUCAAGAAGAGAGAGUUUUAUAGGGAAAAAAACCAAUCUUUCAAGAUUCUCAAAAAGAUUUAGAUUUGUGGUGUAAAGUUCGAGUCUUUGAUUCCAAGAAUCAGCAGAGAGGAGUGGAGAUGGAGAGCGAUCUGAAUCUGAGGGCCACCGAGCUAAGACUGGGCUUGCCCGGAACUGAAGAGUGCGAGAAAGAAAUGGCUUCAUGCCCCAAGAACAAGAACAAAAGAUCCUUUCUUGUUGAAUCAGGUGGUGAAGAGGACUGUGAAUCCAAGGCCAACAAUGAUUCUGCUAAGACUUCCCCAGUUUCCAAGGCGCCAAUAAUUGGUUGGCCACCAGUGAGAUCAUACAGGAAGAACAAUCUGCAGGUGAAGAAGGCAGCAGAUUCAUCUGAGAGUGGAAUGUUUGUGAAGGUGAGCAUGGAUGGGGCUCCAUACCUGAGAAAGAUUGAUCUGAAUGUGUACAGUGGGUACCCAGACCUGCUCAAGGCUUUGGAGGCCAUGUUUAAGCUCUCCAUUGGUCAGUACUCUGAGAGGGAGGGCUACAAAGGCUCUGAAUAUGCACCUGCUUAUGAGGACAAAGAUGGUGACUUGAUGCUUGUUGGUGAUGUCCCUUGGGAAAUGUUCUUGUCAUCAUGCAAGAGGCUGAGAAUAAUGAAAGGAUCAGAAACCAGAGGAUUGGGUUGUGGGAAUUGAAGAUCAAGAAACCAAAGAAGUGAUAUGAAAUGAGUGGAAUUUGAAGAUCUUUGUGUCUCUCUGGCAGGGAAUUGAUAAAGAUAGGUUCUUUGCAAGAUUGGGUUCUCAGAUUUACAAGAAUCACAAAAAUUUGUUUUGAAAUCUUUUUCUUUUCUCUUUUUUUUUUUGUAUCGUGAAAUACCCAUUCCAUUGGGGCUUUCUUCCACUCAGAACUGUUAUUAUUAUGAUGAUGAUGAUGCUAUUGUUUUUGGUUUAUUUCAAUUUUUUGAGUCGUGUCGUGUAAAUGUAUGUUAUCACGAAAAAAAAGCAUGCGUGGUUUCGAGAUGUUUUUGUUUUUUUGGAAUAAUGAAGCCAACCAAAAUUGAAAUAUGCAACAAAGUUUGGUGGCUUUGUGUGAUCCAAAAUUAUUAAUUGUUGUAUUCCAUAAAGUCGACCAAGUAAACAUGUGAAUAUGUUUUUAUAUUAUCGGAUACCAAAUGAUAUUUACAUUUUAUUUUUCGCUAUUGACAUUCGAAAUUACACUCCUUUUGUUCCAAAUUAAAAUGUUAAGGGGUUA